GAUGCUACACGCGGGAAAAAGGCGAGAACUGCUGAUCACAUUUACAUAGAGCAUCAGUCGCCUGUGACAGAGAUGGGAGACACUCUGGAGUUCAACGAGAUUUACCAGGAGGUGAAGGGGUCCUGGAACGACGGGCGCCUGCGGUUCAGCAAGCAGAAUGUGGUUUAUAAGAGCAGUAAGACGGGCAAGGUGGACAACAUCCCGGCUGGCGAGCUUAACCUGGCCCAAUGGAGACGUGUAUGCCUGGGUCACGGCAUUAAACUGGCCACCAGUUCAGGCCAUGUUUACAAAUACGAUGGUUUCCGAGACACUGACUUUGAGAAAAUCUCGGAAUUCUUCAAGGCCAACUACAAGGUGGAACUGAUGGAGAAGGACACGUGUGUCAAGGGCUGGAACUGGGGCACAGCCAGAUUCUCAGGGCCGCUGUUGUCAUUUGACAUCAAUGACAACACGGCGUUCGAAAUCCCGCUGUCGAGCGUGUCCCAGUGCGCUACGGGUAAGAACGAGGUGACCCUGGAGUUUCACCAGAACGACGACGCAGAGGUCUCGCUCAUGGAGGUCCGCUUCUACGUACCCCCUGGCCAGUCUGAUGAAGGACAGGACCCUGUAGAGGCCUUUGCCCAGAACGUCCUGUCCAAGGCAGACGUCAUCCAGGCUACAGGAGACGCUGUGUGUAUCUUCAAAGAGCUGCAGUGUCUCACUCCCAGAGGAAGAUACGACAUCCGCAUCUACCCAACAUUCCUCCACCUCCACGGUAAGACGUUUGACUACAAGAUUCCCUACACCACAGUCCUGCGUCUAUUCCUGCUGCCCCAUAAGGACCAGAGGCAGAUGUUCUUUGUGAUCAGUCUGGAUCCUCCCAUAAAGCAGGGUCAGACUCGUUACCACUUCCUAAUCCUUCUCUUCUCCAAGGAGGAGGACAUCAGCCUCACUCUCAACAUGAGCGAAGAGGAUGUGGAGCGGCGUUUUGAGGGCAAGCUCAGUAAAAACAUGUCGGGCUCCCUGUAUGAGAUGGUCAGCAGGGUAAUGAAGGCGCUGGUCAACCGCAAGAUCACUGUGCCUGGAAACUUUCAAGGCCACUCCGGGGUCCAGUGCAUCACAUGCUCCUACAAGGCCUCCUCUGGCCUCCUUUACCCUCUGGAGAGGGGUUUUAUCUACGUCCACAAACCCCCUGUACACCUGCGCUUUGAGGAAAUCUCCUGCGUCAACUUUGCCCGAGGGACCACCACCACGCGCUCCUUUGACUUUGAGAUCGAGACGAAACAGGGGAACCAGUACACCUUCAGCAGCAUAGAGAGAGAAGAGUAUGGGAAGCUGUUUGACUUUGUCAAUGCCAAGAAGCUCAACAUCAAGAACAGAGGGUUCAAAGAGGGUAUGAAGGGAAAGAACGAUGAGUACAGCGACUCUGAUGACGACCAGCACGAUGCCUACCUGGAGAGGAUGAAAGCUGAGGGCAAGAUCAGGGAGGAAGGGAACGACAGCGACGAAUCAGAGGCUGAAAGUGAUGAGUCUUUCAACCCUGGAGAGGAGGAUGAGGAGAUUGCAGAAGAGUAUGACAGUAAUGCCUCAGAGAGCGACAGCAGCGAAGGAGAGGAAAACAGUGAAGAUGACAGGAAGAAGAAGAAGGUCAAGAAAGCCAAAGUGGUGAAGGAGAAGAAAGAGAGAAAACCACGCAAAGAGAAGAAGCAGAAAGACACCGGCGGACCCAAGAGGCCAAUGAGCGCCUACAUGCUGUGGCUCAACUCCAGCCGGGAGCGCAUCAAAUCUGAGAACCCGGGCAUCUCUGUGACGGAGAUCUCCAAGAAGGCCGGCGAGAUGUGGAGACAGAUCGGCAAGGAGGAGAAGGAGGAGUGGGAAACAAAGGCAGGGGAGGCCAAGAGGCAGUAUGACAAAGCCAAGAAGGAGUACAAAGAGAGUGGAGGAGGAUCAUCCUCGGCUACCAAGAAGGAGGCCAAGAAGAAGGGAGUCAAGAAGGAGGAGAAGAAGAGGAAGUCUGCCGGGGGAGAUAAGGAGAAGGAGCGGGGAGGAGCUAACGACAGCUUCAAGAGCCGCGAGUUCAUUGAGACCAGCGAGGACAGUUCAUCAGACGGCGACCGCAAGAGCAAGAAGUCCAAGAGCAAAAAGGAAUCUGAUGAUGAUGAUGAAGAGGAGGCAGUGUCCACACCCCCCAGCUCAGAGGAGGAGUCUGAUUAAACGAACAUACACACACAUAUUCAUCUUACGCGCACUCAAAAUUCACGGACCAAGCCUUUAUACUCCCUCUCUGUGUAUCUCCCGCGACAGGUCGUCGUUGCACAGACAAACUUGACUGGAAGACAAACCAACAGGACUUUAUCAUUUUUUUGUUCUCCUUAUCUUCUACAUGUUCCUUUUUUUUGGAGGGGGGGUGGGAUACAAACUCACAUAUUUUUGCCGACCUUCAGAAAUGAACUUUAACUGAUAAUGUUUCGAGGGGGUUUCUCUCCUCUCUAGCUCAGUGAUGUGGGGGCAUAUGUUUCUCGUGAUUCACACAGGGUGCUUUCACUCCACCUGCAGGCGAUGGUUGUAGUUUUACAGCACUAAGGAGUGCAAGAGUUAUUAUUAGUUGGUUGUUGUGGUUGGGGAGGGAACGGAAAGCGAGUGGUCAUUUUGUCUUUCCGUCAUAGAGAAUUUAAGAACCACAAGUCGAUGUUUUAUUUUGUUUUGCCAUGUUGUGUUUUCAGACUGUAUAAAUAAAUAAAUCUCUUUUGUA